GUGAACUUUGCGAGACAGACCGUGACUUUCGACAUCGUGACAUCUCGUACUCCGACAACAGUACAUACACAACCCUCCAAGAUGAUCACAAGAACACUCCUCCCCCGCGCCCUCCGACACCUCAACUCCCGCGCCUCCCCAAGCAGAGCAUACCUAACCAGCACGCGCACCCGCAUCACCAUCCCACGUCAAAGCCGCUCAGCAUCCCACACCCCGCCGCAACUCCUACGCUGGCUCUCCUCCAAAUCCCUCGCGGACGAGAAAAUCGAAGAAAUCACCGAGCUCUUCGCCACCGCGCAGGACGAGUUUGAAAUCGCCAUGGAGGAGACGGAGAAGGUGUCCGUGUAUGCGGAGGAGGACCGCAAGGCGGCGCGCGAGGAGCUGAGUCGCGUGCAGGAGGCGUAUGCGCUGGUGGUGGAGGGGCCGGACGAGCAGUUGGCGAGUGAGGUCAAGACGAGGAUUGGGCAGCGGAUACGGGAGUUGGAGCAGGGCGUGGCGAGGAUGGAGGAGAUUGCUAUGAACCAGGAUUAGGGUCUUCACGCUGCAAAGACAAAAGACGAAAGCCUUUGGAUCGACCGGGUCGGUGGGCAAGGCGAGGAUAAGAAGCGACGUCCCGCCUGCUCAGGAAUACCACGGAUCUCCUUGACGAUUGUAUCAUUCACGUAAUCGCGAAGCGGUGAGAAACACGCGACAUGGGCCCGGAGGUGGGUAUAGACGGCGAGGUAGCCCUACAUGGCAGGAUGCACAAUACCAUGUACAGUACGAUGUACAGUAGCCAGCAAUGGCCUUCGCACCGGCAGCGCUGCCCUGCGAUUGUAGACUAGCAGCGAAUGUGACCAGCAAAACU